GGAGGAGGAGCCGGGCCUGCGGGCCGCCAAGCCCGAGUGGCAGUGGUGGCCGUGCGCCCGGUGGCAGCGGCGGCGGUGGCGCAGCAGCGACAUGGCCAUCGUCUCUGAGAAUGACUUUCAUCACAGUUCAAACUCCACCUACAGAACUGCAAGCAGCUCUCUCCAAGCUGACCAGGAGUCACUGUCUGAAAAACAGCUGGACCGCCUGCCCCCUCACCUGCAGAGGCCUGAGGACCGCUUCAAUGGUACCUACAUCAUCUUCUUCUGCCUGGGCAUUGGCUGUAUGCUGCCAUGGAACUUCUUUGUCACUGCCAAGGAGUACUGGAUGUUCAAACUGAGCAAUUCCUCCAACCCAGCUACAGGAGAGGACUCUGAGAGCUCAGACAUCCUGAACUACUUUGAGAGCUACCUCGUCAUCGCCUCCUCCGUGCCUUCCUUGCCGUGCCUCCUGGCCAACUUCCUGCUUGUCAACAGGGUUUCAGUCCAUGUCCGCAUCCUGGCCUCUCUGACCAUCAUCCUGGCCAUCUUCAUGGUGAUGAUCGUGCUGGUGAAGGUGGACACCUCCUCCUGGACCUGUGGCUUCUUCGUGGUCACCAUUGUCUGCAUGGUGAUCCUCAGCAGUGCCUCUACCGUCCUCAACAGCAGCAUCUACGGCAUGUCGGGCUCCUUCCCUAUGAGGAAUUCCCAGGCACUGCUAUCAGGAGGAGCCAUGGGUGGAACCAUCAGUGCCGUGGCCUUGCUGGUGGACCUGGCAGCAUCCAGUGAUGUGAGGGACAGCGCCCUGGCCUUCUUUCUGACCGCUGCCAUCUUCCUUUUGCUCUGCAUGGGGCUGUUCCUACUGCUGCCCAGGCUGGAGUAUGCCAGGUACUACAUGAGACCUGUUUGUCCAGCCCAUGGGUUUUCUGGUGAAGAGGAGCUGCCCCAGGACACCCUCGGCUCCCCUUUGGUGGCUCCUGGACCCAGUGAGUCCCACGCACCACCCCUCCGUCCCAUCCUGAAGACAACAGCCAACUUGGGCUUCUGCAUCCUUUAUAUCUUCUUCAUCAGCAGCCUCAUCUACCCAGCCAUCUGCACCAACAUCGAGUCCCUCCACAAGGGCUCGGGCUCACUGUGGACCACCAAGUUCUUCACGCCCCUCACCACCUUCCUCCUAUACAACUUCGCUGACCUGUGUGGCCGGCAGCUCACAGCCUGGAUCCAGAUGCCAGGGCCCAAGAGCAAGGUGCUCCCGGGGCUCGUGCUGCUGCGGACCUGCCUCGUCCCCCUCUUUGUGCUCUCUAACUACCAGCCCCGGGACCACCUGCAGAUAGUGGUCUUCAAGUCCGAUGUCUUCCCCAUAAUCUUCUGCUCCCUGCUGGGACUCAGCAAUGGCUACCUCAGCACCUUGGCUCUCAUCUAUGGGCCGAAGAUUGUGCCCAGGGAGCUGGCCGAGGCCACAGGUGUGGUGUUGUCCUUUUACAUAAAUGUGGGCUUGCUGCUGGGCUCAGCCUGCUCUUCCCUGCUGGGACACCUCAUCUAGGAGGGACACUGUGAGGACAUCUGUGCUGCCUGAUGCUUCAGAGCCCCUGGAAGAUGGGAAGGGAGAGCCUGGAUGGCUCAGGGGGUGUGGAGGAAGGUGCUAGAGUUCCAUUUGGUGCAGAGCAAAGCACCCUCGGGGCCAUAUCUCUCCCAAGAUGCCAGUGAUCCUUGUCCAUGCCCAUCCUGUGCAAGGCAGAGGCAUUGCAGACACAUUAACAGAGCCGUUUGAAGCCAUUCCUGAGACAUUUGAAGAAGACACAGCUAGAAAGCAGGGGCUCACCUUCCUAGCUAGUGGUUAACAUUCCACUUUCUCUAUAGCCCCUCAGAAAGGUUUUGCCAGCGUUUGACUCUGAGUUGGUACAAAGCCAGUGCUCAAACCCGGCUGCAGGCUCUUUGUAUUCUUCCAGCGUUACUCCUAGCUGACAGCAAGAUGUGAGAGAAUUUCAGCCCUCCCUACCCUGAGGGACCCCCCUGGAAUGGAGGUCCCCCGGGGAUGGCCAGUAUUCAGGCCCUCGACUCAAAUGUGAGCAAACCCGUACAUUCUGUGAGUGAAAGAUCACCCACCGACCAGACUGGAAACCCCAGAAAGAUGGGCCUUCCAUAAACACUUCAUUCCAGAGGGCCCCAGAGUGCUAGGGACCCAGCGUGUCAGGCCUGGGUUUUCAAGCAGAUCCUUAUGGCCUGUAAUCUUUGUGUUUACAACAUUGAGAAGAUGGCUCUUGAACAACAUGUCCAAGGCCAUUGGUUCAAGGGUAUAAAUACUUGAGUAGUCAAUGUAAGCCUCAGUGGUGCCUAUGUUAGUCAGGGUCUUGGCAGGCAACAGCAUACUCAAAUUGGGUAACUUGAGGAUAGUCUAAGAGCAGGUGUAGGAACCUCCAGGGGAUAUGCAUUCCGUCUAAGAACUAGUAAUAGGUCAUUCUAGCCCAGCCCUGAUGUGAAGAGAGGAAGGGCUCCUUCUAGAACCUAGAGCUGUGACCCUGCUUGGGGAUGCACACAUCCAGCCAGCUAUAAUUCCCUCCCUUCCUCCUCUGAUCAGUGCCCCUGUGGCUUAAGCCAUGGGCAGGAGCGGGUAGAGAGUGUAUGGGGGCAGCUACCACCUUGGCUUUCAUGGGUUUCUUUUUAAUAAAACUUCAGUGGCACUCAGAAGCUUCGAUCCCCAGAAUUAGGUGUUGCUUUGUUCUGGUUUGUUAAGAGUAGGAGCAUAUUGCAAGUACAAGUUGGAUCUAUCAGGUGUAGAACACAAAUGUCUUAAUGCUGUAAUUGGGUAAAUGAGGUGAAGGCUAUGAUGAUUAGUAGGAUGUAAGCACUCCAAUGUGUACAAAUAAUCAACACAUUGAAUCCCAUAAUGGCAUAAAUAUUUAUGAUCUAUGGACAAAUGACUUAAUAAAAAAAAGAAAAGAGUAGUCGUGUAUGA